AUGAACAUGGAUAAUCCGGAACCCGUAAACCUCAACAGGGCAAUCCUCUUCUGUAAUCUGUACAACUUCUUUUUCGCAGCUAGUAAAGCCUGUUUGUUUCCAUUUUUCUCCCUGUACUUGAGACUCUUGGGUCUGACAGCAACCAAGACCGGAAUUAUUAUUAGCCUGAAAACUCUGGUGGCAUUCAUAUUUGCACCAUUGUGGACUAAGUGUGCAGUUCAAUGCCGCAAAAGGAAAUUUGUGUUCACAUUUUCCAUUUUUAUGAUGGCAGUAACCUACUUAUCAUUAACGUUAGUUCCUAACCAGAAUCACGCAGCAUUGUCUCAUUGUAUACCUGUACACAGACAAAAUUCAAAUCAAUCGAAAUUUGAAAGCACAGAUGAAAUUCUUCAUAUUCUAAAUCAUAAUGAGAGUAAUGUAUCUCAGAAAGAUGGUACUAUCCCCAAAGUCAACAAUCCACACAAUACCAACAGCAGUGAUGAAACAACCAAUGGAAGUAGUGCAUCACCAGCCUCCAUUCAAACUUCUGAAAAACCAACUCAAACACCUUCAGAUCAUCUAGAAGAUAGAAAAAUUGAAAUUUCAAAAGAUAUCCUCUUGUUUUUAGGACUUAAAAAGGAGGAAGUGCAGAACAUGACCAAACAAGAUGUUUAUAAAGUGUUUAAAGAAAUGAUGAGUAGAGAAGAUAUGCGAGAUGAUGUUAAAAAUAUGCUUGAUGCAGAGACUGUAAAAUUUGUUUUGAAAUUAAUAAGUGAAGGUAGAGACAAUGCAAAGUCAGAUCAAUCUUCAGAUUCAAAAGUUCGUAGGAAACGAGACAUCAACAUAACAUCACUUCUGGCUAGCUGGAAAAAAAGUUUACAGGAUCUGAGACAGCGUGUCAAGGAUAGUAGCCAUGACUACACCUUUGUAGUUGUCACUGUUAUCCUAUUGGUUGGGGAGUUGUUUGCUUGUCCUGUGGAAAAACUAGCUGAUGAUUUUUGGUUUGACUAUUUAGAGAAAAUAGAUGAACUAGAGAAAUAUGGCAAACAUCGUAUUUGGUGCUCCCUUGCCUACAUGUCCUUUCCACUGAUUGUUGCUCUGAUAGUCAGCCAAACAGACUGCCUUUUUGGCAUGGAUAUUCCUCCAUUCAUGUUGCAUUUCUAUGUAUUCGGAUCUUUGCUGGGACUUACAUUUUUGCUUGGCUUUUUCUACCCAAUAUCAGCAGAUGCAAAGGCCAAGUAUAAGAGCAAGUUAUGGCGUGGAUUGGGUACUACUUGCUGUAAAUGUGUUGGCCUGCUCUACGUCAUAACCCUACUGUUGGUCGGAAUGAUUUACGCUGCCUACUACAACUUCUUGUUUUGGAUGAUCCAGGACCUACAAGGCUCUGAAUCCAUAAUGGGAUUAUGCAUCACUAUUUCUACCAUUGUUGAGAUCCCAAUGCUUUUUUUCAGUAAAGGGAUAAUCCAGCGUCUUGGCCACGGUGGAGUGGCGAGUUUGUCAUUGUUGAUGUUAGCAGGACGCACACUGUACUAUUCCUUCCUAUGGACACCUUGGGCUGUGCUUCCAGCAGAAAUGCUACAUGCCCUUACACACACUGCUCUUUGGUAUGCAGUGUUCAACAACCCCACAUUCAACAUUAACCCUGUAGCAGACAGAAGCAUCCGCUCCAUUCUAUCUUCAAUAUACUUUGGACUUGGAUUUGCUUUAGGAAGUAUUGUAUCAGGCGUUAUCUACGACACUUAUGGGUCUGCAGUUCUCUAUAGAAUAUGCUCAUUGACAGCAGCAAUAUGGUGUCCAGUGUUUUUCAUAUUACAAAGAUGUUGCCAGCCACCGGUGGAAUCUGAGAUAAAGUAUACUCGGCUAUUGCAGUCAGAGGACUUGUCAGACGAUGAGGUCCCUGAUGAUUGGCUGGAAAAGGCUCUCAAAGAUCGAUGA